AACGGCAUCUCAGCCAAUCCCCUUGAGACGACCCCAGGCGAACCUCGCCAGGAGGUCGGACCAAGACUUGGACGUCACUCCUGGCCACCGCCACCAUCAGCAGCAGCAGCAGCAGCAGCAAGAGUUGCAGAGUUCGGGAAGUGAGACUGAUAUUGAGGAUUUGGAGGUGGAGCAAGGAGUUGGGGGAGAAGGAGGAGGAGGUUGCAAAGCUGACGAAGGUGAAUCCGUGAAAUUGACAGCGAAACUCCCUCAACAAGCCUCAGGGUUUCACAUGAACAGCGACACGGACAUUGAAGAGGAUGCUGGAGAUGGUGGUGACGGCGGCGGUGGCGGUGGCGGCGGUGGCGGUGGCAGUGGUGGUGGUGGUGACGGCGGUGGUGGUGGCAGCGGUGGCGGUGGUGACGGCGGUGGUGGUGGCGGUGGCGGCAAAGUGGCUCAAGCUAUUGCUGGUGCUGCUGGUGCUGCAAGUCCUGAGGACACGGAUCAAGAUGACGACAGCGAAGAUGAUGUUCACUUGCUGGGUGGAUGGAUCCGCCAGCCGGGAGCCCGAGUAGAGGCAGGGCUAGAAGCAGAACUGGGGGCAGUGCUGCACCAGGAGUCCUCUCCUCAGAGCAUCUCAGACAUGCCGACUCAGCAUUUCCCCUGCAUCGAUGAGGUGGAGACGCAGGCGUACGUCUAUCCCAAGCAAAGUCAUUGGACCUCGCUCUUUCCCAACUCUUCAAACUCUUCCACGCAGCCCUGCGGCACAGGCUCCCCAUCCCAUCCCCCGCCAUCAUCAGCAUCACCACCAUCAACAUCAUCAGCACUGCCAAUGGCAUCAGAAACAUCCCCGUCAUCAUCAUCGUCGUCCCUCGACGAGACGCAGCCGAUGGAGCAGUACGUCGGCAACAAACGGCAAGAAACAGCUGCCGUGUCUCCCGCCACCGACGCCUGCCACUUUGACGACUGCGAGCCCACGCAGCCCGUGGAGCGGUUAUUCGGCGUCGGUAACGACCGCGAGAUUUCGCCGGGCACUAGCGGCGGUUGGGAGGUGGCGACGGCGUCGGCGCGCCGAGCGAGCAGAGGGCGCCUGUCCAAAAGCCGGAGGUCGAGGGCGGAAGUCUCGGUGGAGGUGCCGCCUUCGGGGGCGAGGGGCGGCCGAGGCGUGGGGGAGGAGGAGGUGGGCGGGGAGGCGGCGUUGGAGGCGGCAGAUGAGACGCUCGGUCCGCAGGGCGAACUCCCGCGCGCUUCCAAGGAAGCGGGAGACGUCGGCACGCCGUCGACGGAGGAGGCCGAAGGUGGCGGAUCGCUCGGCGGAGAUUCUGGUGGCCCGGCGAAUCUUAGAGACGGUGGAGACGGCGCGGCGGCGGCGGCGCUGGUGGAGAAGAGAGACCGCGGAGAGAAGGAGACGGAUGCAGGUGGCGGUUUGAUGAACGCGGAAGGCGUGAACUCGGCCUCGACCACGGGAAAUCCCGAGGGUGUUGAGACCGCAAGCUCUGACGACGACGAGACGAUCGACUUGGACGCCGAGAUACCGGCAGAGUCGCGUGAAGUUGAACCGACGGGAGGUGACGAGCCGCUUCGCUGCGACACCGGCGGGCAGUCGACGGACCCCGCCGCGGGAAGUUCAGAGGGGGGACGAGAAGCCGGGGCAGGAGGAGGAGUGUCGGGGGAAACCACGGCUAAGACGCUUUCCCUGACAACUGAAAGGCCUGCGGAAGAUCCGAAGGCUGAUGGAGACGGUGAAAAGACUGCGACUGAGAACGAAGAUUCUCUGUCAGGCACCGCGGCCGGGUGCCCGUCGGCCGGCGGGGAAGAUCGCGGGCGCGAGGGGGCGUCCACGCUGACGGACGCCGCUUUGCUCGGCCCGCGAAGCGCGUCGACGGAAACCGGCGACGCCGUAGAGAAGCCGACCGAGAGGCAGGGUGCCUCCCCGCCGCCGCCGCAAACCGCCGUGCCACCGACUCCUGCGGGCAACGGAGAAGAGGUACCGCCAGCAGCGGAGAAUAAUACGGCCGGAUCAUUGCCACCGGGGAUCCCGUCGUCUUCGAAGCGAGGAGGACGCCUUGGAGGGAAGUCGUCGGGCAAGACAGGCGUCCCGCGAGAGCGCGAAACGGCGGGGGGCUCCGCGACGGGCGGAGCGCAUGAAGCGGCGGCAGCGGCGGUCGUCGAGGGAGAGACACGGCUGCCCCCCGAGGUCGAACCCCCGGGAACUUCGAAGAAACCCGGAAGGAAGUCGGCAAGGAAGCGGAAUGACUUGGAAACGGCGGCGGCCUCCGGAGAGGCGAAGGGGAACUCCGACGUCCCGUCGACGGCGGUCGGGGCGGAGACGCGGCACCCAGACGCCAGACGCCCGGAAGCUCCGAAGAAACUAGAAAGGCCCUCGGCGAAGACUAAAGGCGACUUGUUCGGGUCGGAGACUUGGGUGGCUCCGGUCGAGGGCACGGGGCGCGACGAGCUGAUGGCGGGGGUUGAGGAGGCCGCUCGAGCCGCCGAACCUGAUCGCCCGGAAACUCUGAAGAAGGUCGGAAAGGCGUCGACGGGCGAGAGAGAGUCGCCGGGAGAGGCGAGAGAUGGCGGAGAUCCGCCGUCGGAGGAUGGAGAGGAAACGCGAGAGCGCCGCACGGAAUGUCCGGAAAGUUCUAAGAUACUCGGGAGGAAGCGUUCGGCGGAGGAUGGAGACGGCGCUCCGCGGGGAGAGUGCGGGCGCUCGGGAGACGCCGAGGAAGCGAGACUCGGCGGCAUCGGUGACGGCGGCGGUGGCAGCGCCGACGGUGGAUCGUCGGCCGAGCCUUCGUCGCCCGCGGGGAGAAAUGCGCCACGGCGUUCCGCCAGGACUCCGAGCGCGGGACGAGGCGGCAGGAAGCCCGCGACCGCCAAGAGGGGCGGCACGGCCGCACCGCCGCCAGAACCGGGAACACAACCAGAGCCGCCGAGGUCGAGACGCCAGCGGAGUUUGACGGUGGUGAUGAAGCGACUGGCCAAGGUGACGGGUGCCGAGCUUCCGGAGGAUCACGGGGAGGAGGAGGAGGAGGAAGGUGCUCAUGUGGAAGCUGCUGGGACCGUUGAACCUCUGGCUGAAGCAUCGAACCAAAGAGACGUUAAUCCAGGUCACCCCUCGCCCAGCACUCGUAGGAUUGGCCAAAGGAGGACAGCAGCCGGGAGGUCAAAGGUCGCCAGUUCAGAGGAUGACGCCACAGAGCAGGUUGGACGGGUGGUGGAGGAUGUCCCCAUAUCCAGCAGCAUGGAUCGGAAAACCCGAGCCAAGCAGAAAGCAGCGACGGCAACAUCGGCGGCAGUGGCAGUCGAGUCAAGCGGAGGGGCAGGAAGUGACGUCGCCACAGCCCCACGUGACGACAAGACAGGAAGUGACGUCGCCAGAACCCCAUGUGACUCCAGGACAGGAAGUGACGUCGCCACAGCCCCACGCGACGACAAGACAGGAAGUGACGUCGCCAGAGCCCCAUGUCACGACAGGACAGGAAGUAACGUCGCCACAGCCCCACACGACGACAAGACAGGAAGUGACGUCGCCCCACGCAACGCCAGGACAGGAAGUGACGUCGCCAAGGCCCGAGGCAACGUGCGGCGUGGUAGAAAUCCGCGGAACAGCGCCGCCGCGACAGGAGGUGACGCCGGCAGUGACGCCGGCAGUGACGCCGUCGACGCAGGAAGCAGCGGCGCCGAGACGGGAACCAACGUCGUUGCGGCAGAAAGUGAUGUCACAGCAGUGGGAAGCGGCGUCGGCGAUGCCGUGCGCACGGAAAGUGUCGCCCCCGGGACGGGAAGCGAAGCGGCGGCGGCGGCCACUCCACGGACCGGCAAGGUGGCCCAGGGAAGGGCUGGAGGCCGGGCAAAGGGCGCCGCGACACCACAGAGGAGGAGGAGGAGGACGCGGGCCGGCGGCGACGAUGAUGACGGCGGUGACGGCGAUGACGAGACAAAUGGCGCGCUGGCGCGGGGAGGAGAGGUCCACCUCGUCAUCUGGCCAGAUGAUCCCAGAGGUCGGGGGGUCGGCAGCGGUCAUCAAGGGUCAGCCGAGGUGGUGGAAGGGCAGGAGCGGCGACAAAGCGGAAAGCGGUGGGGGCGGGGGAACCGCACCACAGGAGGAAACCCGGCGGAGGCGGCGAGGUCGCCCACAGCAACAGCCGGUGGCCCCGCAGGAGCCCCCCCUCACGCUGUCCACCCGGAAGAGACGUGGGGCCACGGAGCAGCCGACAGCGCCGCAGAAAUCCCGUCGGAAUUCCAGGAAACCGGGAACGUCGGCAACGUCAGGAACGUCCCAAGCCACCGACGCUCCGGGAACGCCGCAGGGGAGCGGAGGGCCACCGGGAAACUCGGGAACGCCGGAAGGAACGCCGCAGGGGCGAGGGGCAUCGGGAAACUCGGGAACGCCGGAAGGAACGCCGCAGGGGCGAGGGGCAUCGGGAAACUCGGGAACGCCGGAAGGAACGCCGCAGGGGCGAGGGGCAUCGGGAAACUCGGGAACGCCGGAAGGAACGCCGCAGGGGCGAGGGGCAUCGGGAAACUCGGGAACGCCGGAAAUUCCUCGGAGGACAGGAACGCCGCAGGGGCGAGGAGCGGCAUCGAGAAAUUCGGGAACGCCGGAAAUUCCGCAGAGGCCAGGAACGCCGCAGGGGAGCAGAGGGGCAUCGGGAAACUCGGGAACGCCGACAACGCCGGGAAUUUCAGGAGGGCGAGGAACGCCGCGGUGGCGUUCACGGGAGUGGCGGAGCUGGAGGCGCUGGAGCAGCGCGUGCGGGCGCUGGGCUGGGCCGUGAGCGCCAGCGCGCGCGACUGCUCCCACCUCGUCACCGACCGCGUGUGCCGCACCGUCAAGAUGCUGUGCGCCGUCGCCAGGGGCGUGCCCGUCGUCACGCCCGCCUGGAUCCAGCAGAGUGGCCGCGUGGUGGACAGCGAUGCGUUCAUCGUGAGCGACGAGGAGCAAGAGGCCAAGUUCCACUUCCGGCUCAGAGAGUCGCUCCUUGCGGCGAGAGAGAGGCCGCUGUUCCACGGCUGCCGCGUGCACGUGACCGCCGGAGUGAAGCCCGAGCCGGUCCACAUGCGCGACAUCGUGGAGUGCGGCGGGGCCACCUGGCUCCCCAAAGUGCCUCGCACUGCACAGGCCGGACUGCUGGUGGUGUCGUGCCCUGAGGACUCUGUGCGUCUGCGCGAUUGCCGCGGCGUUGACGUGGUGAGCGCCGAGCUCAUCCUCACCGGCGUGCUCAGGCAGAGACUGGACGUUGACGCUCACCGCCUCAGCACCAGCCGCGGAGACGAGGCAGACAGCUCGGACAUCGAUGGGGGCAGAGACGUAGAGCAGCGCGCACGCAAGCGCGCCAGCGUGCCGGCUGCGCGGGGAGCCCAGGUUGCCUCCAAACGCCGGCGCUGA